CAAAUAUGCCCAUUCACUUCGUCUAAAUUACCAACAAUUAGCUCUAUUUCCACGCUUCAUUUCCGCUAGUACCAAAGCUCUCUAUCUCUCUCUCUCUCUCUCUCGGUGAAACCCUAGAUCUCAGAGUUCAACCACGAACGAGGUCGGAAAAUUCGAGUCAGAAUGGUUGAUAGCAAUGCGUCAUCUGGAUCACCGGAAGAAACUCCAAACCCUAAUCCUGAUGGGAAUGAAUCUUCUGAGAGUGACGUCGGCGAUUCUCUAAGUCGAAAGGUUCAAGAAUCGCUCUCCCUUGGAAAGAGGCAUAAGUUUUGGGAAACCCAACCUGUUGGGCAAUUCAAGGAACUAGGGGACACCAGUUUGCCUGAGGGCCCGAUUGAACCCCCCACCCCUUUAUCUGAAGUCAAACAAGAGCCCUACAACCUGCCCAACCUUUAUGAAUGGAUUACUUGUGAUAUUGAUUCUGAUAAGAUGUGCACUGAGGUGUAUAAUCUUCUCACUAAUAACUAUGUUGAGGACGAUGAGAACAUGUUUAGAUUUAACUAUUCAAAGGAGUUUCUUCGCUGGGCUUUACGCCCUCCUGGUUAUUUCAGGAGUUGGCACAUUGGUGUCCGUGCCAAAAGUUCGAAGAAGUUGGUUGCUUUCAUUACUGGUGUUCCUGCAAGAAUCCGGGUCCGCGAUGAUGUUGUAAACAUGGCAGAGAUCAAUUUCCUAUGUGUGCAUAAAAAACUUAGAUCAAAGAGACUUGCUCCUGUUAUGAUCAAAGAGGUGACCAGGAGGGUUCAUUUGGAGAAUAUGUGGCAAGCAGCCUAUACUGCAGGAGUGGUUCUUCCAACACCAGUUUCAACUUGCCAAUAUUGGCAUAGGUCUUUGAAUCCGAAGAAGCUGAUUGAUGUUGGGUUUUCUAGACUGGGUGCGAGGAUGACAAUGAGUCGAACAAUCAAGCUUUACAAGCUACCGGAGUCAACAGUCACCCCAGGUUUCAGAAAAAUGGAGCUCCAUGAUGUUCCUGCAGUUACACGGCUACUUAGGACGUAUUUGAACCAGUUUGUUGUUGCACCAGACUUUGAUGAAAAUGAUGUGGAGCAUUGGCUUCUUUCAAAGGAGAACGUCGUGGAUAGUUAUCUGGUUGAAAGUCCCGAAACUCAUGAGAUAACUGAUUUCUGCAGUUUCUACACACUUCCUUCAUCUAUCCUUGGGAACCAGAAUUAUUCAACUUUGAAGGCAGCUUAUUCAUAUUAUAAUGUUGCUACAAGAACUCCUUUGCUUCAGUUGAUGAAUGAUGCUCUUAUUGUGGCAAAACGGAAUGACUACGAUGUUUUCAAUGCAUUGGAUGUCAUGCAAAAUGAAUCUUUCUUGAAGGAACUGAAAUUUGGGCCAGGUGAUGGGAAACUGCACUAUUAUCUUUACAACUAUCGGGUAAGACAGGCACUGAAGCCGUCAGAGCUUGGGCUUGUGCUGUUAUAGUCUCAGGUCUGAAAUUUUGGUUAACAAUUACAACUCCUUUUGGUUGAGUUUGCUGUUAAGUUUGAUUAAAGGUAGCAUUGUAUUUGGAAAUCCACUUAAAUUUAUUGUGCCAAUGAAGCAAAAAAGUUUGAGACCUUUUU